UUAGUCAUUUGGCAGGACCUGAGCGUAGUCUGCUUGGGGUUAUGCUAGCUCAUAGAACCGUGCGACACAGCCCCUGUCUCUGGCAUGUUUAGCAGCUGAACACAGACUAUGUUAGGCUAAAGUGUUAGCUCUUACCAGCAGAAACCAGCUACAUGGACCAGCGGGAAAACUACGGCUUCGCGAGGGCACACACUUGUGGCUUCUAAUUAUGCAAAUAUUUGCCUUUUUUAAGGUUUAUGGCACCGCGUUGGCAUUUGUUGCCAUCGUGGUGUCUCCACUGCUGCUGGAAUGUACCACAACAUGUCGGAUGGGAAAUCAAAAUGAUUAUGUUGAGGGAGACUGCCCUGUGAAACUGACCUCAGUCCUGGGGGACAAUGGGAUGAUUUACUCUGAAUGUGUUACUGUCCAUGUUUGGAUGAAGUCUGGUGACUUCUGUGAGGCCCCAAAGAUUGAAAUUCAACACUCUCAACAACCCCCAACGAUAAUUAGGCCUACCAUGAAAAAAAUGAAGUGUGGCAAAAAAAAAACGGAAAACCGAGUCAGGUGUGACACACAGCCACAUAGCAAUGCCAGUUUUGCUCUGUGGGAGCUGGAACAUGAUUGUGUUGAUGCUAAACCAAACAGUGUUGUUUCUGUGUCCUUCAACACAACUUCAACAAGCUGCAGUGUCAGUUACACAGUACCAGAUCCCAAGCCAGACUUUAAUAUGUCAGUGAACCUGUCGUCUAAAUCCAUCUCUGUCACCGUGGAGCCUGGAGAAAAAGUUUACGCCAAAUGGUGUUACCAAAAAAAUGAAGUGGACUGCAACGGCGGUGUACAUUCCCCCCAAAUUACUAUUGAUCCAUCUCAGUCUCGAUCAGCUCUUCUUAACAUCCGUUACCUGCUGCCCUGUGUGUGUGUGCAGGUAUAUUACACCCGUACAGAUUCCCUGCGACAUACAAAGUGCCCAUUUCAAAGUGAGAGCCUCGCAGAUGUCACUGAUGUUUGGCUCUCCUCUGAAAUCACACUGUAUGAGUCAAGUUUAAAGUGGAGCUCAGAGUGUCCUGCCAGUGACCUGAGGAUCUCUGCCUCGCUUUGCUGGAGGCAACACGAACACCUCUGCACACCUGAUCUCAACUCUGUACUGGAGAAUGAGAAGGAAGAUAUGCCGGACCUGAUUUAUAACACAUCUGCAGUGGACAAACACCCUCAGAUGUGUGUGCAGUUUUCUCUACAUGGCAGCCAUCAUAUAUCUUGCCCCUUCCACGCUGACAUGUCUUCAUGGGAGGUGUAUAUCAGACCGGGCAGGCUGAGUGUGUUUUUGUAUCUCACCUCUUCUGUUCCUGCAAAGUUCUCAGCUCAACUCUGUGUCCUUAAUAAGAGGGGAUGUACACCCAUGGGGUUGGUCCACUCGGUGACAAUGCAUGGGGAUACUACUGAUACAAGGAUAACUGUGCCUCUUCACUUUCUUGCUGAGAAGCCGUGUGUGCAGGUGUGGCGGUCGGAGCCUGCUCUUCAUGGUAGAAGAAUUCUGUGCCCGGACUACACGCACAACAGACACGGCCUGUAUGCUGUGGCAGUUUUGGGAUUUGGGAUUAUUGUUGCUUCACUGGGGUUUUGUAUCCACCGUCUCACCAAAAGUGCAGCUGCAGGUUGGCUUUGUAUCCAGGAGCCAGUGUUGCUGGUGUGCUCAUCAGAGCAGUCAGACCACAUCUCUGCCGUGUGUGCGUUAGCCUCAAUCCUGCAGGGGGAACUAAGAGCCAAAGUGCACAUGGAUUUGUGGGCCCAAAGCUCACAAUCACAGACUGGGACUGGAGUGGCAGAUCUGGGUCCACUUCCCUGGCUGUACGGGCAGUGGGAAGCUGUGCAUAAGGCCCAAGGAAAAGUUCUGAUUAUUUGGAGUCCUGAAGCCACGAAGACUUAUGAGAAGUGGAGGGAGGAGAGGGCAACCAUUGAUGAGAAUGAGAGAAAAGAGGAAGAUUACAGCAAAGUAGAGGUGAGACAUGAGAAAAUAAUAGUAGAGCAGGACGAGGAUUUGAAACUAAUUGGAAGAAGACUGGGAAAAUGCAAAAAAGAGAAAGAUGCAGGAAAAAAAAGUUGUGCCAGAUUAUGUAACGAUAAAGACUGGCACACCCAGAGGGAGUCCUCUACAGUGAUCAUACCAGUGUUUACUGCUGCUCUGGCCUGCCUAGAAGGGGUGCUGCAGGAAUGCAAAGGCCAAGGAGUCGCCCUGGUCUACUUCCAGGGCCUCUGCCACAGUAGGGACAUCCCAAAGGCCUUCAGAGGUGUCCGUCGGUACUGCUUACCGCAGGAUUUCAGGGGUUUAAUACAGGAGAUGGGAGCGAUGAGAAGGCAGGCACAAACUGGUGAAUUAAGGUGGAACUGCUGGCCCAGACUCCUGUCUAAAGUGUUGUCACUAUGGCUGGCACAUCAGCUCGCCCAAAGACUAAAAACACUGCUACCUCAGACGCAAAGGAAGAAAAUGCAAAAGCUGAGCAUCCCAUCGUCACUAAAAAUUAUUCCAGAUAAGACUCAAAGCAGGCUCAAGUUGCCGCUGGCAGCCAACGUGGAAACGCCGGGAACUGUACAAGAGCACGAGCCUCUCCAUGUGUUGCCAUGGCGAGAAGAGAAACUUUCAUCUCAGGUUUCAAGUGUCUGAUGGGGACAGACCUUUGUUCUGCUGGAAACAUGAUACAUAUACAUAAGACGGGGGAGUUAGUGUUACAGUGUGAGCGCUUCUGAGCCAAUCACUCUGUAAAAACUUUUCAUUACUUGACACCAUCAUGUAAAAAAAAUGCCACCAUUCAUUUUGCAUAGUAAGAGGUAAACACAGCAUUUUGUCUUCUGCAUUAAGCUUUUAACAGAGGCUCUUUAUGUUGCUUUCGUAACUGAAGCCAUAGCAAACAGUUGCCCUAUCCACUGUAUGUAAAUAUGCUAACGACUAUGAAAAUCUGUUUGCAAAUAAGAUCUCACUUUACAGUAUUAAUAAUGCAUUUAUCAGUGUUUGAAAGUGUUGUAACAUCACAGGUGCCAAUCGUUGGGAUUUUCUAAACCGGGACGUAGAGCCAAAGCUGUCCCAGGAUUUGUUAGAGUGCAACAGGUGGAAACAUUAAGUGAAUUUAUUGAAAUUGAAUGUGCUUGACCAUUUAGCAGGUAAUGCAUGUGGUCAUGUACUACUAAUAGUGCUUUUAGCAUAGGAGCACUAUUAUUUAAUAUGUGCACACAUACUACCUCCUAAAAACCAAAGUUUUUUUUAAUGCACUGCUUAAUUUAGCAAACAUUUGAUUGCCCCUUGAAUAAGUAUUUGUUUGACACUUGGCAUUAGAACAUUUUAUAUGGAAGAUAAUAAAAACUCUUUUAAAAAAGAUUAAUGU